AUGCCAGCAGUUAAAUGCCUCGAAUGUCACUGUGUUGGUACUGUCAUGAACACAUCUAAAGGUGUCGUUCUUUUGCCAAGUACGGUGAAAAAGACGCUGAUAGUUCUUGGUGGAGGGAUGUUGCCGAAAUUAAAAAAAGUCGAACCGACGAUGAGAAGCGCCUUUGAGCAGGCAAAGGAUUUUGCAGAGGGCUUUAAUCAGACUAUUGAAAGCGAAGAGGACGAAAUCAACGGCGGUUUUAUUCAGAGGACAAGUAGACAGUUCAAUAAGAUCAGAUCGAGAUUCGAGAAAGGCAAGAAAAAUGUGAGAAAUAAAAACCGGAUGACGCUUGCCGAAAAAAUAGCUCUUGACAACAGAAAAACGCCUGCUCCAAAGCAAUUUACGGGUUUGUUCUCCGACGAGUACGAAAAGGAAGACUUCUGGAAGUCUUGGAAGCGUUUUUCUCUUCAUGGGAAUGCAACACAAAAACAAUUUAUUGUCUAUAUGCUCUUUGGAUGCGCAUUUUGGGGGAUAAUUAUCGGCAUAACUAAUUACUACUCGAUGCUUGCCGCUCAAAUUCAACCCACUUAUCUCACAAAUGUUUGCCAAGUUGGCUUCAAGAAAUGUACCUUGACUCAUGAUAUGAACUACUGUGCUCAUCUUCUUCAUGACUGCAUUGGAACAAAAACCUUUACUCAACCAGCUGAAGUCACUAUUCCAGAGAAGCCGAAAGAAACGCCACUCGAAUUCACGGAAAAAGAAAAUGAAAUAAAUGCAUUUCGAUGCAAGAAGCGCAAAUUUUAUGCUAUGGUUUCCUCAUUUUCAUAA